AUGCCUAUUGCAUUUGUGCUCAAAAAGCUGUGCGAAAAAAUUGCUCGCAAUUUUCACGUGGAUAAUAGCAUCCUAAGCUCGGACUCAGAAGAAGAAGCUAAUUCGAAAUAUCGGUUGAACAAAAGGAUCUUUGACGUUAUUUCCAUAAACUUAGCUUGUAUUCCAGAAAAGGAAAGGGCCAGUGCCACAAAAAUAAAGUAUUGGACAUCUUCUGGGAAACACAAAAGACCACUAACUGAUUCAGUCGCAACUCGAAUUUGA